ACCAGGAGAUAAACAGUAGUUACUUCUGGUGCAACAAAGGAAUUCCUGCGGAACAAGUGUCAGGGUUCUCUUCAAUCUCACGCCAAUGAAUCCAUUAUCUGCUCCUCACCACCAAGAGGAGUUCAAAUUGAAGGAUACAAAGCCCCAGCUUGGAGAAAGAUGGCCACAUGGAGCAGUGCGUGGUGGAGGUGGAUGGAUCAGCAGCGAAAGAGCUACAAGCACCUAUGAUCUUGUUGAGCAGAUGUUUCAUCUCUUUGUUCGAGUUGUGAAGGCCAAAGAUCUACCGACUAACCCGUUAAGCGGAAGCUGUGAUCCAUAUAUUGAAGUGAAGCUUGGGAACUAUAAAGGAACGACAAAGCACUACCAGAAGAAAAUCAACCCUGAAUGGAACGAGGUCUUUGCAUUCUCAAAAGAGAAAAUCCAGUCUUCCGUUCUGGAAGUGUUUGUGAGAGACAGGGAAAUGGUUGGAAGAGAUGAUUACAUUGGGAAGGUGGUCUUUGACAUGAAUGAAGUGCCGACAAGAGUUCCGCCAGAUAGCCCUUUGGCACCUCAGUGGUAUCGACUAGAGGACAGACGCGGGGAGAGAAAGGUGAAAGGGGAGGUCAUGCUUGCGGUUUGGAUGGGAACACAAGCUGAUGAAGCCUUUCCGGAGGCUUGGCACUCAGAUGCUGCUUCGGUUAAGGGAGAAGGAGUUUUCAAUAUAAGGUCAAAAGUUUAUGUCUCGCCAAAGCUGUGGUAUCUGAGAGUUAAUGUGAUUGAAGCCCAGGAUUUAGAGUCAGAUGACAAAAGCCAAUUGCCUCAGGCUUUUGUAAAGGCUCAAGUUGGAAACCAGAUACUUAAAACAAAGCUAUGUCCAACCCGAACAAUCAACCCAAUGUGGAACGAAGACCUACUCUUUGUAGCAGCAGAGCCUUUCGAGGAACAACUGGUACUUACAGUUGAAGGUAAAGCGAGUAAUGCAAAAGAUGAAGUCUUGGGUAGGAUCAUCUUACCACUUCACAUUUUUGAAAGGCGUCUAGAUCAUCGACCUGUUCAUUCUAGAUGGUUCAACCUCGAAAAAUUUGGAUUUGGCAUUUUGGAAGCAGACAAGAGGCACGAACUGAAGUUUUCAACCAGGAUCCAUCUGAGAGUAUGUCUCGAGGGCGGAUACCAUGUGUUAGAUGAAUCAACAAUGUACAUAAGCGAUGUACGGCCUACUGCUAGGCAGCUAUGGAAGCAGCCGAUUGGGGUCCUUGAAGUGGGUAUCCUAAGUGCUCAAGGACUCCUUCCUAUGAAAACAAAUGACGGAAAAGGAACCACAGAUACCUACUGUGUAGCUAAGUAUGGGCUGAAGUGGGUCCGAACCAGAACAAUCAUGGAAAGCUUCAAUCCUAAAUGGAAUGAACAAUACACAUGGGAGGUCUACGACCCUUGUACGGUGAUCACGUUGGGAGUUUUUGACAACUGUCACUUGAGAGGAACUGAGAAACUGGCUUCAGGUGGUGGAGCUCGCAAUGACUCGAGAAUUGGAAAGGUAAGAAUCAGACUAUCCACCCUAGAAACUGACCGGAUAUACACAAAUUCUUACCCACUUCUCGUUCUACAAUCAUCUGGGUUGAAGAAGAUGGGAGAACUCCAUUUAGCAAUUCGAUUCACUUGCCUAUCUCUAGCAAAUAUAAUAUAUUUGUAUGGUCAUCCCUUGCUACCAAAGAUGCAUUAUCUGCAUCCUUUCACAGUGAACCAGUUAGAUAGUUUGAGGUAUCAGGCCAUGAAUAUCGUAGCAGUCAGACUUGGCCGUGCAGAGCCAUCACUAAGGAAAGAGGUUGUGGAGUACAUGCUCGAUGUGGACUCCCACAUGUGGAGCAUGAGAAGAAGCAAAGCUAACUUCUUUAGAAUCGUGUCACUGUUUUCGGGUGCAAUUUCCAUGAGCAAGUGGCUCGGUGAUGUUCGUUACUGGAAGAAUCCAGUCACUUCCAUCUUGGUUCACAUCCUAUUUUUCAUACUGAUAUGCUACCCAGAACUGAUCCUCCCAACUAUUUCCCUGUACAUGUUUUCGAUCGGAAUAUGGAAUUACCGGUCCCGACCAAGGCUUCCUCCUUACAUGGACACCAAACUAUCAUGGGCAGAAGCUGUUCACCCGGAUGAAAUGGAUGAGGAAAUUGACACUUUUCCAACUUCUAAGUCUCAAGAUGUCAUACGCAUGAGGUAUGAUAGACUUAGAAGUGUGGCUGGAAGGAUCCAGACGGUUGUAGGAGACAUAGCAACACAGGGGGAAAGAUUUCAGGCUUUGCUCAGUUGGAGAGACCCAAGAGCAACCAGCCUCUAUAUAGUUUUCUGCCUUAUUGCUGCCGUGGUGCUCUACAUAACACCCUUUAAGAUGGUCGCACUACUUGCAGGUAUAUUUUGGCUACGACAUCCUAGAUUUCGAAGUAAGCUGCCAUCAGUAUCCAGCAACUUCUUCAGGAGAUUGCCUUCGCGUGCUGAUAGCAUGCUUUGACAACAUAGAAAUUGGGUUCUGUAUUUCAUCCUAUUGUCUGCUUAAGAGCCUUUUCAAUAGAAUUUACCGUUCUCUUCA